AUGCCAAAUCAGCAAGUGAGACCACAAGGAGGUGCAUUCCACCAUGCAUCAGGAAGUAAUUCGAAACUAGCAGCGCCUUCAUCAAAUCAAGAGAUGUCACCUUUCGAGAAAGCAAUGAUGGAGUUUAUGAUCAAAAAAGAUCAAAAGACCGAGGCACGUAAUGUCAAUGAUAAGAGGCAAUGCAAUGCCAUCACACUUAGAUUGGGAAAGGAGUUAGCUCCAAAGAAUCAUGACUUACCAGUCACCGAUGAUGAGAAACACCCGGUAAGUGUUGAGACUCAUAAGAAGAAGCAAGAAUUGAAAGAUGAUGAAAAAGAGUAUGUCGAGAUUGAGGACAUAACUGAUGAGGAGUACGGGCAGAAGAAAGUGAACAAGGAAGGUCCAACAAGUUCAAGUCCAAGUGCUGGAAAUCAAAAGAAGGCCCAAGAAAAACAUGCUCGAACUAGUGCGGCAGUUGCACCAACAAAUUUGCCUUUCCCACCUAGGCAAAGUAAAUCCAAAGUCGAUGAUGGGCAAUUUAAAAAGUUUUUAGAGAUCCUUUCUCAACUUCAUAUCAACAUCCCUUUUGUUGAAGCCUUGAAACAAAUGCCCACAUAUGCAAAGUUUAUGAAGGAUGUUCUUACAAAGAAAAGAGUUUUUGGAGAAUUUGAGACUAUUGCAGUGACAAAAAGUUGCACGUCAAUAAUCCAAAACAAAUUGCCCGUGAAAAAGGAUGAUCCAGGUGGUUUCGUUCUACCAUGUACAAUUGGAAAGUUAGACAAGAUAGGCUUAUGUGAUUUGGGAGCAAGCAUAAAUUUGAUGUCUUUGUCUAUUUUCCAAAGAUUGGGAAUUGGAGAAGCUAGGCCAACCACUAUCUCACUCCAGCUGCCAGAUCGAUCAGUGGUAUAUCCAGAAGGUAAAAUCAAGGAUAUUGUUAUCAAAAUCAACAAUCUCUUUGUUCCUGCGGAUUUUAUCAUUUUGGAUUAUGAAGCCGAUGACGAUUGUGGAAUAAUUUUGGGAAGGCCAGUUUUAGCUACAGCUGGAGCUUUGAUUGAUGUAAAAAAAGAGAAGUCACAUUGA